AUGCCUGUUAAUUUUGACAUUUACAAUGGAGACCUCAGCCAUGCAGAGCUGAUGGUGAUGACGAUAGCAGACAUCAUAAAGCAGUUAAUUGAGGCUCAUGAGCAGGGGAAAGAUGUGAAUCUGAACAAGCUGAAAACCAAGACUUCAGCCAAGUAUGGGCUGUCAGCGCAGCCGCGUUUGGUUGACAUCAUCGCCGCCGUUCCCCCGCAGUACCGCAAGGUGCUGGUGCCAAAGCUGAAGGCCAAGCCCAUACGGACUGCUAGCGGGAUUGCUGUCGUGGCUGUGAUGUGUAAACCACACAGGUGUCCACACAUUAACUUCACAGGCAACAUAUGUGUAUACUGCCCAGGUGGACCUGAUUCUGAUUUUGAAUAUUCAACACAGUCCUACACUGGAUAUGAGCCAACGUCCAUGAGGGCCAUUCGGGCCAGAUACGACCCCUAUCUCCAGACAAGACACAGAGUGGAACAGCUGAAGCAGUUGGGCCACAGCGUGGAUAAAGUAGAGUUUAUUGUGAUGGGUGGAACGUUCAUGGCCCUGCCUGAAGACUACAGGGAUUACUUCAUCAGGAACCUUCACGAUGCCUUGUCGGGUCACACUUCCAAUAACGUAGCGGAGGCCGUCAG